UGGGUCUGAGCAUGAGCUAUAAAUGUGCAUCCUUGGGUGUCAGUCAUCACUUAGAACAAGCUGAACACCUCAGGUGAUAGCUGAACAAUGCAGGCUCUACAGGUGCUGUCUCUGGUCCUACUCUCUGCCCUGGUGGCCAACGCCCAGGUCCUCCAUCCAGGAAGAUGCCCUGUUCCUCCAGUCAAGGAGAACUUUGAUGUCACCAGUUACAUGGGCCGGUGGUAUGAGAUCCAGAAGCUCCCCUCCAUCUUCCAGAAAGGCGAGUGUGGCCAGGCCACCUACACCCUGGGUGAUGGGGUUGUGCAGGUCCUGAACGCUGAGCUGCUGGCUGAUGGCACUGUCAGUGAUAUUGAGGGCUAUGCCGAGGUCGUGGAUCCUGCUCAGCCCGCCAAGCUGGCCGUUACUUUCUUCCCAGGAUCCCCUCCUGGUCCUUACUGGGUCCUGGACACUGACUAUGACAACUACGCCCUUGUCUACGGCUGCCAGAACUACGGCGGUCUGUUCUACGCUGACUUCGCCUGGAUCCUGAGCCGUUCCCGCUCCCUCCCCAAGGAGACCAUUGAGCAACUGCACAACACGCUGACCUCCAACAGCAUCAUGAUCAACAAGAUGACCACCACUAACCACAGCAUCUGUGACUCCAUGCCUCAGUAAGGCAAUGGCGUGUAAAAACCAUAAAACCAGAUGAAGGGUUGUUCUCUCUUGUGCUUUACCUCAUUGUGCACCUUCUGUAAAGAGCAUAAUGUUGAGUAGGCCUAUGCUACAUGUCUAGAUCAUUGGUCAUGAAAUAAGCAUUCAACCUCUCUCACUUUCUGAACAAUGUCAAUAAUAUUCAAAUCAUGAAGUUUAGAAUCUUAACAAACUUAUUGUUCCUGUCAUUUGUCACUGUUCCUGAGCAUCAGAAAUGAUAUUGUCGCUUGUCAGACAUUGUUAAGGCUUGUUUCGUGGGUGUCUAUUCAACUCUCUUGCUGUAAAUUACUUCAAAUUACAGCGUUUUGUUUGGCUGGUGUUAUACAAAUAAAGAGUUGAUUUAUGCAAAACUA